AUGGGCAGUUCGAUGGAGCGCGGCUUGCCAACCCUAGCCAAGUUAAGUUGGCUGCGGCUGUUGAUUUUUUGUUUACAUUUUGCCGGCAAAUCGAAAAUUGGAAUUUAAAUAAUUAAAAUAAGCAUGAAUCUGUUCGAGGAGCUGGACACCUUGGACCCCUCCUCCAAGGUGGAACCGCCCCGCAUCGAGACGCCCACGGCGCACAAGAUAACCGUGCUGAUACUGCUCAAACAGUAUGUGAUUAAUAAAAAGUCCUGCCUGGAUACUGGCAUAUCGAUGCGCACCCAGCGACGUCGCAUGUUCUAUAUGCUGGUUUUUAAGCUCGUCCAGGAGGCGGAUAAGAGCUACAAUGAGCUACACAGCAUGCUGACCACCGGGAGAUACAAACUGGACACCUUGAUGCUGGAAUCCUUUGAAAAAGCCAUGUCAGAGUUCUGUGCCGGCAGCAUAGAGUCCCUUUUCGACUUCACCGAGAUCCAGAACAUCGAUGAGAUCCUCAACGAAAACUACGGCAUUAGCCAGUUCAGCAUGGUGGGCGUAUACGUGCGCAGAGUGGGCGUGGUUUUGGAGCGCCUCAGUUUCCCCGAAAUGAUGGAUAUGUACAAGAAUAUCUGCUCCUAUUAUGAAAGGGGUGUGCGAGCAGCUGCCUCGGGCUCCAGAAUGGCCGUAGCUGGGGGAAUUCUCCACCGGGAGGAGACUCCUCCACCAAAUCAGCUAGGAGAAAAGCCUGCUGAUCCGGAAACCAAGAAAAAAGAGGAGGCCAUCGCUCGUCUGGCCCAGGAACGCAAUCCCCUGAGCAAGUGGGCGCCCAAGCAGGCCAAGUUCUUCAUCAACAAGCAGUCUGAGCUCCUGGAGAGCAACGAACGCAAGGCUUUGCCGCCGUUGGAGCUGCAGAAGAAGGUGCAGGAGAUCAUACACGACCUGCCGCUCAUAACCACUCCCUAUUUCCUGGGCUACAUGAACCAGUUGAGGGUGAGGGACUACUAUAACGCCCUGUCCGCUCUUCACAGAGCUCUGGAUCGGAGUCCCGUGCGACUGAUGAGCCAGGAGAAGGGCUACCAGUACUUUUGCGUCAAUCUGGCCGUGCUACAUGCCACCUUUGGUCAUCGCGAUGAGGCUUUAGCUGCUCUCAGGGAGAGCAUAAUGCUGGCCCAGGAGCACGGCGACAAAAGGAGCCUUAAUCUGGCCAACACUUGGUACUGCCUGCUCAGGGAUGAGCUGCCCUUGUCCGCGGUCCAGAAGAGCGUGCAGGAGGCCAACGAAGUGGAUGGUUCCCUGCUGCAAAACUAUACAUUAGCUCUCCAUUUCGCUGUUAAACUGGGCACCGUGGCUGGCUAUCAGCCGCUGCGACUCUUCGAUCUCCUGCAGCACAGCGAUAAUCUCACCAAUCGAAAUAAUUUUACAGAUCCCCCUUCAGAGGCUUUGGCUCUGAGAAGUGCUGUUUGGUCUGCCUAUGGAAAACACGAGCUAGCUGCCUUGUACUCGCAGGUUUUGCUAACAGCAAGAGAUCGUUUUGGAAACGGUUCAGCGGGUUUGGGCAGCGCCUUGGCCAGCUACGCUCUGUGGCUUCAGUUGCAGGGCGAACCGCAGCUAGCCAAAGUACUUCUACACCGAGCGAAAGAGCGCUUUCCAAGGUUACCCAGUGCCGAGGGCUGGAUGAUCAGCCAGUGCCAUGUGGUCAUCCAGGCGGGAAUCUACCAGUGCCGCUGGCAUGAUGCCUUAAAGGCCUGCGAUCAGCUCUAUUUGCUCGAUCCCUCGGAUGCUAUAAUGCAACGGGCUGCUAUUUACGUGGCCAAAAGGGAGUUCUUUAAUGCCAGGCGACUGUUGGACAAACUGGCCACCCAGGAUAAUUUACCCUUCCUGCUGCGCAUGAGGGUUCAAGUCCUUCUGGGCUAUUGCGGCAUGGCAGACGGGCGCUUUUCGAGUGAAACUACCAUGCUACUGCUACGCGUGGCCGAGGAAAUGGCCGAGUCGCAGAUGGAUUACGAACUGGCAUUGGUGGAUCUCCUUUUGGCCCAACAACUGCUGCUUCUGGGGAUGCCACAGAAGGCCUAUCAGGCCAUCAAGCGCUGCAUGCACGACAUUCACAUUAAUGGAGGCCUCUAUGAGCGUGCCAAAACGGAUUUCGUCUUUGUUCGCUGCCUUCUGGCCAUCAAUCAAAAUAAUGUGGAGGAACGCAAGGCGCAGCUCGUUAAAUCGCUGGACAUCCUAGAGCGAGCGGCUCAGUCGUUCAAGAAACUAUCUGCCCAUGCCAAAGUUUUGGAUGUUUAUGUGUUUCUCGCCCAGCGAUUCAACGAAUUUGGGGAGAGAAAUUUGAGGAACAAAUAUGCAGGGGAGUUUAGACGCUACUUUACGGAUCAUCCGAUUCCAAGGGAAUAUCUGGGUAGUCCUUAGUUUCUAAC